CUGGGCCCCGUCUCGCAUAUCGCAAUAUACUAGCUUUGUCGAACGUUAGCGCGCGCAAAGGGAGCCGGGAACCAGCUUAGUUCCGCGGUAGACUUUGACCCAGCCGUCGAAGUGACCCUAACUUACAGAAUGGCCAGCGAUGAUGUUCUGCGAAACGGUGUUCGCGGGAGCCUCAGCGCUUGGAUUGAGAAGUUGGAGUGUGGAGGUGAUGUUGAACGCCAAAUGUUUUUCAAGAAACGCUUCAUUGAGCGUCUCCGGAAAUCAGCUGUUGCCAUAGAAACAGACAAAGCUAAUGAACAACACUAUGAGGUUCCCACUGAAUUCUUCCUUGCGUCUUUGGGUCCACGACUGAAGUACAGCAGCUGCUACUGGCCGGAAGGAGUCUCAUCGCUCGAGCAAGCUGAGGAAGCAUCCCUGGCCUUGUACUGUGAACGGGCGAAGAUUGAAGAUGGACAGACAGUUAUGGACCUUGGAUGUGGCUGGGGAUCAUUCGGCCUGUUCGUGUGCGAGAAGUUCCCUCGGUGCAAGGUCACGUGUGUUUCCAACUCGAAUACCCAGAGGGCGCUGAUCACUGCACGUGCGGAACAAGGGUACAGAAACAGACUGGAGGUCAUCACAGCAGACGCUAAUGAAUACAUGACCUCCAAGAAAUACGACAGGAUUGUUUCCAUAGAGAUGUUUGAGCACAUGAAGAACUACGGAGUUCUGUUCCAACGCGUGUCGUCUUGGCUGAAGCCCUCAGGUUACCUGUUUGUCCAAGUCUUCUGCCACAGGGAUCACCCCUACGCCUUCGACACCAGCAAUGGCUCUAACACAGAGUGGAUGGCCAAGAACUUUUUCUCGGGUGGUACCAUGCCGUCACGUGACCUGUUCCUCUACUUCCAGAAUGACGUCACAGUGGUCAACCAGUGGGUGGUCAAUGGAACGCAUUACACUAAGACCCUUGAAGCGUGGCUCCAGCGGACAGACAAGAAUAAAGAGAACGUCAUGCGCAUUCUCCGCCAAUCAUAUGGCGAGGAUGCCGAACAGCAACUGUUCAACUGGAGACUGUUCUUCAUGUUCUGUUCAGAAGUAUUCGGCUAUAAAGGCGGGAAUGAAUGGUUCCUCACACAUGUGCUCAUGAAGAGGAAGCUGCAGAGCUCUUUGUAGAACGUUCCAAGAUAGUCACAAUAUCUACAAACUGCAGUCACCACAUUCUCUUCCCACAGAGGUUACUUGUCAUAUCUUCCGACGAACCUCUGUUCUAAUACGGCCCUUUCAUUGUGAGAGUGUUCCAGGAUUCGAUAUUGGUUGUAAUCAGAUUUAGUUGUGCAAUCAGCGACGUUGUUUCAAAAUUGAUCAUUCACAAGGCCUCGGUAAUUUCCGUUUGCUUCGGGAAAACUAGAACCUCUUCCCCUGCGCGAUGUGCAAACUUUUCUCCU